UGUAUCAGCACAGUAGCACAGAAGCUAACCCUGACUCGUUGGCGCUGUAAACAGUGAAAGCAGUCCCCUCUGCUCGGUAGGUCAGUGCUGUGUUUACAGAGCACCUUGCACUGUGUGUGUACACUGGUGUAGCCUAUUGGUGGGCCCCUCCUUUGUGGUGAGCUGAGUGGAAAAAAAAAGUUUCUAUCACUUUGAGAGUGCUCGCGCCCACCUCUUGUUCGCAGGGAAGGAAACACACGAAAAUGGCGCAGCAUAACUGCUCUGCCACGUCUCUGGCUCUCAGCAGCAAAAAAAGCUAUGCGCUCCUCACAACACCCGGACUGUACUUCCUCACUAUAAGCAGUUUCUUUCUGGUCUCCCCCCCGGUCGCCGAAGCAGGUCUCUACUCGCAGAUUGACCAGGUCGUGGUCUUGAUCUCUGACGGUAUCGACUCCCAGCUCUUUAACUCUUCCAACGCCUGGCUGGUGGAGUUCUACGCGUCUUGGUGCGGGCACUGCCAGCGGUUCGCCCCUGUGUGGAAAGCUUUGGCUAGCGAUAUUACAGAAUGGAAGCCAGCCAUCAGUCUAGCAGCCAUUGACUGCGCAGACAGCAAGAACCGGAUAUCCUGCACCCACUUUGAAGUCAACAGAUAUCCCACUUUGAAGUUCUUCCAGGCUUACUCAGAGAGCGGGUCUAAAGGAGAGGUGCUUCAAGACACAUCCAGCAGUGCUCCAAAGCUGCGUCAACUGAUCAUUGACCUGCUGGAGAGCCAUGUGGAGGCGUGGCCCCCAGCGUGCCCACCCCUUGAGCCGAUCAGUGCAGCGGAGUUGAGUGACUUUUUCAAGACGAGCAGCGAGCAGUACCUGGCUCUGGUGUUUGAGGAAGCUUCCUCUUAUGUCGGCCGAGAGCACCUGCUCGCUCCGCUUGUCAGACUGCUUCCCUUCUGUCUGUCGUCUUUUAGUCGACUGCCGGUGACCAUGGACCUGCUCCAGUAUGAGAAAAUCGCGGUGCGCAGGGUCCUGCGCUCUGAAGAUGCACUGGUCUCCAAGCUGGGAGUCACACACUUUCCAUCCUGCUACCUCCACUUCCCCAACGGGACCUUCUCCCGGCUCAGCGUACAUGUGGAGGCGCGUUCGUUUUACACAUACUCUCUGCGGAUGCUGCCGGGGGUAGAGCGGGGAGGAGACAAGCCCAGCGUGUCUCUGGGGUCUGAGAAGAACAUCACGGCUGAGGAGUGGAGACAGUUUGACAGGUCGCGGGUGUACAUGGCAGAUCUGGAGUCCUGUUUGUAUUACUCCCUGCGUGUGGAGGUGGGGACUCACAGCACCAUCUCAGGGGAGUCGCUCAGCGCACUCAAAGCUUACAUCACUGUGCUGGUCAAGUACUUCCCUGGCCGGCCGGUGGUGAUGACGCUCCUGCGUUCCCUGGAGACCUGGUUGAAGAGCCGUGAUGACCCUGAGGUCCAGUAUACUGCUCUGGAGAAGGUGCUAGACAAUGAAGUGCAGAUCGUGGAUGCUGCUCUUCCUGAUGCUGUGAGGUGGGUGUCCUGCCAGGGGAGCCAGCCUCACUUCCGAGGGUACCCCUGCUCGCUCUGGAUCCUCUUCCACCUGCUCACAGUGCAGGCAGCCCACAGCACACACACCCCAACCCCAGAUCCACUGGAGGUACUGCAGGCCAUGCAUGGGUACAUCCAGCACUUCUUCAGUUGCCGGGAGUGUGCCACGCACUUCAAGAGCAUGGCCGCCGAGACAAUGAGCCGAGUGGACAGCCUGCCCAAAUCAGUGCUGUGGCUCUGGUCCCGGCACAACAUCGUCAACAACCGCCUUGCAGGUGCUCCAAGUGAGGACCCCAAAUUCCCUAAAGUUCUGUGGCCGCCCCCUGAUCUGUGCCCCCAGUGUCACAGUGAGUUGAAAGGGGAGCAUUUCUGGAAGAUGGAUCACAUCUGGGAAUUCCUCGGAGCUUAUUUCUCCCCGGAUCGCAUCCUACCAGACUACCUGGAGGGGGAAGAGGAACUUCUAACCAGGCAGAGAGAGAAGCUAGCUACCAGGAAGAAAGAGGCAGCCAGGUUGGCCGAGCGGAAAGCUAGAGGGCCAGAAGAGGUGGCUGGAGGACAGGUGGCAGAUGUGGGGAAAGGGGAACCAGAGGUCGGUGAGGGAGAAGAGGAAGGUGAAGAGGAAGGAGAAGAGAUGGGGAAUCAGAAAGAGGGAGGAGUGCAAGAAGAAACAGCUAACCAUGCACCAUGGGAGAACCCUGAGCUCCCGAGGAAUCACAAGCCCAGCAUCAUCAACAUGAAGCAGAGAGAGAUGGAGGAAGACAUCGUGGAUUUAGACUCUUUCGUUGACAAGCAUUAUAAAAGCAAAGCCCUUCGUGCUCACAGGAGAUCCAUCCAAAAAAGAGAAGACAAACGCAGGCCUCUGCAGAUCCAGCCAGAGGAUUCAGAGGCAGGGGAUUAUGUGGUGGUUCAAAGCCACCUGAGGAAGCGCGGUCUGGGGUACGUGAUGGCCAGGGAGGUGCCCCUCCAGAAGCAGCACUGGCUCUCCAUGCUCAGUGUGGGCUUCUCCAGGUUGGACAUCAGCUUGUGUGUCCUGCUGUACUUCCUGUCAUCCAUGUGCCUUCUGGGAAUGUAUCUGUUUUUGAAGAUGAGGCUGCGCAUGCCCCGAGUGAAGCUCGCCCUACUAGGAAAGUCACCCCUUUGAUUGUCAUUAAUGGAUUGUUCCAAGUGCCUUGGGGAGUGGGAAGUGUCCAAUGGGCACAACAGACACAAAAUGUUUUGUUGAUUUUCGUUCUAAAUAAUACCUGAUUAAUAUAAAAAUUAUAAUUAUCAAAAUUACAAAUUACAAUUAAAUAAAAAAUAAAAAUUGAGUAAUUCAGUAAUUUGACUUUCAAUGUAAAAUACCAGUUAUGAAGGAACACGUUUUUUAAUGUAUUGGUAUCAACAAUUAAAUUCCCCAACUCAGAAAUGUGAUUUGUUGUUAUGAAAAUUAUAAUUCUUGACAUCACACUUAGGUUUCAAAGUUUGCCACCCAAGAUGGUGCUUUCCUGCAGAUGGUUGCUAAAACAUGUUUCUUUCUCUAAGUUUAAGCAAUACAAGACAACUUGUUCAACCAAAUGGUCAGAUUAAGAAUGGAAGCCUUUCCAUUUUUUCAGACUUGCUUAUUUUACACAUUAUGUUGUCGUCCUCAGUAGUGAAGCAGAGAUCUCUUUUCAUUUUAGAGCCCCAAGGUUAGAUUCCUAUAAUGCCAUGAAUAACUGGCACCCCCUUUGUACAACAAUGUGGAAACUGUGAAUUACAGUGCACUGCGACUUAAACCUUUUCUCCACUAUCAAGUACAGACAUGAGUCUGGAUCAGGGUGCUUUGAACAUCUGGGAUUAAGAUGUCCCUUUCAAUUACUUAAGAGAACCUCCAGGAUAAAGUUGAACAGUUGUGGGGCUCCCAAGUGGCGCAUCUGGUAAAAUCACUCCACAUGGAGCGCAGAAUGCACUCUAUAGCCUGGAAGUCACCAGUUCAAGUCCAGGCUCUUCCACUGCUGAUCAUUAAUGAGAGCUCCCAAGGGGUGGCACAUAGUUGGUCAAGUGUCAUCCAGGUGGGGAGGGCUUAGGUCAGCCAGGGUGUCCUAGCUCACCAUGCACCAGCAACCCUUGUAGACUGGCCGGGCACAUGUAGGCUUGCCUUUAAGCUGCCCAGAGCUGCAUUGUCCUCCGAUGCUGCAACUCCGAGUUGGCUGUAUAGUGGGCCUGAAGACCGAGAAAAAAAUCAGUAGGCUGACAUCACACAUUUUGGAGGGUGGGAGUGGUGAGCUAAGCCUAAAAUAAUACAAAUUGGCUAUUUCAAAUUGAGAGAAAAAUUAGGUAAAAAUCAAUUACUGACUACUAAAUUUUAAAAAAAAAGUUGAAUUGCCUGUAUUGCUUUAACGUACUUAAUGUUAAUAUUGCAUUUGUAUUGAUAGUUUUUGCCAUUUUGCACCCUUGUGGCAUGCAAGUGACCAAUUGUCCUCUUCAAACUGUGCUCAACAGAUUAAUAACACACUAAAAUAAAAAUCAGUUCUGUUUUUUUAAGGUCAGGCAAGCAUAUUGGAGAGGAAGUAUAAAUGAAGACCAUCUAGACAUUCCUUAUGGGUGAUUUGUUAGUUUCAAUACAGCAAAUAUCCCCCGAGAUAUUUUCACAGUCAAUAAAUAACUCUAUGGUUGGCUCCCCUGGACACUGGCUUAUGUUGCUUGUUGCUUGUUGUGGUUCAAUCUUUCUGAUCCUUUGCUCUUUCUAACUGGCUUCUCUGAGGAACGCUGCCGGUGUAGUCACAGUAUUGAACCUGCUGUGUUUUGGACGAUGUAACAAUCACCCAUGGGGAAUUUGUUUUAUUUUAUCUCAUUUAUAGUUGCCUGGCAGUUAUAGUUGCCUGUCAUAUUGCUUGGUUUCCUAUUAACAUGAUUGCUUCAAAACCACUGAAUGGAUGGCCUUCUAGUUUUAAUGGGUGAAUGCUCAUUAUGUGAAGGAGAGUUGAGUCUGGUUUGAAGAGGAUCCUAUAUGGUUAACCAUUUCUACAAUACAGCUCUGAAUAACCGUCUCUCAAUCCAAGCCUCUCAACAAGUGAACUUGUACAACAUGCUGCAUAUUGAUUAACUGCAAUAGCUACUCAACUCAUACUACUGCCCUACAACUAAGCUUGAAAAUGUUUAGUUCAUGAAUCUAGUGGAGCUGCCCAUUCAUGUGUCACAAUUUUUCUGCUUCUCCAAUUGUGAUAUAGCGUGCUAAAGACAUUCGUAGCACAAGUUAAUGAUAACAUCGUACAAAUGUGCCUCGUUUCACUUCUCAUACUUGUUCUUUCUUUCAUGAUACUGACAGCUCUAGUGUUUUUACAGUUGCUGUGAUUAGGGUAUCUCGAGCUUAUAGAUUUGUAGUUUUGGUGUUGCCAAAGUGAAAGCUGCAGCACAUUUUCCUUUGAAACCAUUUCUUUCCUUCGCUUGAAAGAUGUUUUGUAAUGUCUGUUAUAAUGGAAUGUUGUACUGUUCAGUCUACCUGGUUCUGUUUGCUACUGACUCAUUGGAUGGUCUCCAGCGCAACCGUAGUAGUACUCCCUUGUGUUCACAUCUACACCGCUGUCUGUUUUUUUUUUUUUUUUUUGUUGGUUUUUCGUCAGUCAACAGUAUCACAAAAUGGGCUGUGAAUUUUAACUUUACAGGUAUAAUCCACUCCUUUGUCUCAAAAGGGAGUGUCUCAAAGCUGAUUUAUUUUCAGAAGAUAAUCUUAGCUAGGUCUCUCAUAUGUUGCAAUUAUAGCUGGGUUCCAGACAGAGCAGUGUAAAAUAUUGUAUUACUGGGCAACAAUUACUCAGUUUGACCCGGUACCUGAAGUGGCUGUUUACCAUGAACCAACAUGUGCAAAAUGAACUAGUGUCUUAUUGCAAUGUAUUUUACAACAUUUUCUGGAGCCAGGCACCCAUCCUUUCUGUGCUAUCAGACACUCAUUAGAUCACUUCCUCAAUCCUAACGGGGGCUGAAUGAGUCCCAGUUCAAACUGGUUCAAUCUCAGGACUGUGUUGAGCUUGGAGGGUAGAUGGUAAACGUGGCAUAGUGUGUGGGAUUGAGCGCCUUCUUUGUGGAUGCCCUGGCAUGAUAAUAAACUUUAUUGGAACGAAAUCCACUUUGUGGACCUUUUCCUUUGUGAUAUCCCUUUUGCGGGGCACUCAAGGCUGACAAGACAAGGGAGCAGAUAUUGGCUCGAUUCUAUUGGGUAGGUCUUCAUACUGGUGUCAAAAUAUAUACCCAGAGGUAGUUCCAUUGAGGGCCACUAGUGCGGCGGCGAUAGCCACAGAGUUAGUACAGAUUAUGGCUAGAGUAAGGAUCCCUAAGGACAUAUUUUUAUUAUCCACAGAUGGACAGUUUGGUGGAACGAUUUAAUUAGACCCUGAAGUCGAUGCUGAGAUGGUUUGUAACGCAAGAGCAGAAACUUUGGGCAUUGCUUCUUCCCUACCUCCUUUUUUUUAGUGAGAGAGGUGCAGCAUUGCUUGACAGGGUUUUUCCCCUUCAAGCUUUUGUAUGGUCGUAAGCCUCACGACAUCCUGGAUCUGUUGAGAGAGGGGUGGAAGGAGCACAAAGGCUCAUCCAAAAAUAUAGUGAAGCAUGUGCUCCUACUAAG